UAUGCAACCCUGUUAAGUUAAGUUUCGUUAAGUUUGGUGUUGUUAUUUUGUUUUGGAAUGCAGAAAGAAUUUUCGCACCUGAGUGUUGGCUGCCAAAAAGUGAAUUUUGUAAAUAAACGAAUGAAGAGUGAGCGACAAGUCAAUUAUUUAAGGAAAUUUUGAAAAUGAUAUGUGAUUUUUAGUUAGUCUAAGCGAUAAAUACAGUAUAAAAGUUAAAUUAAAAAUGAAAAAGUAUGCAGACGUCCAAGUCUAUGUCUUUUGUGUAGAAUGAGGAGGCAAGCGAAACUCGGCGACGUCAGCAGUGAAUUGAGCAGCGACGUGUUAGAGCAAUUAAAGUAAACAAAUACUUAAUUGGUCAGGUGUGAUAACUGUAACCUUACCGUCAUUUAACAAAACAAACAAAAUAUAAUAAUACUUAGUUAUUUUGGUUGUGAGUGAAAUUAUUUUAAACUGUUUAAGUGCUGACGUACGCAGUUGCAGCUACUACCACACAUUCAAAGCCAUCAACGAUUAAUCCAUAACAAAAACAAACAACAUUCGAAUACAAUGAAGGUACAUUUUAGGGAACAUUACGGCACCAAAGGCGAGGAAAUAUUAUAUGUAACUCCAGCUGAUCAAAGUAGAAUAGUGCGUGUGCCGUUGCGCGGCGACAAAAUAGUGAUACAAGAGAAAUUUUUUUUAUUUCGUAUAUUACAAAGUGUUUUCCUGCCCAAAGGCUAUCCAGAUAGUGUUAGCUGCGAUUAUGCUGCGUAUCAGGUGUGGGAUACUGUACAGGCAUUUUGCAGUACAAUAUGUGGCACGCUUUGUACGCAUGCUAUACUAAAAGGCAUUGGAGUGGGUAAUGAUAACGUAAAUGCGUAUUCGGCUACUGCUACAUGGAUCUUAAAAGAAGGCAGCGGCCAUUUGGGUCGCAUAUUUUUCUCUUGGUGGAAAGGCUCGCAAUUGGAUGUGGAUUCAAAAAAGUGGCGCUUACGAGCUGACUUCUUGAAUGAUAUGGCAAUGGGCAUUGAAAUUUAUGUGCUUCCCAAAUAUCCACAUCUAAGCACGCAAAUACUUUGUUGCUCGACGGUUUUAAAAGCAAUUGUUGGUGUCGCUGGCGGUGCCACGCGAGCUGCACUCACACAGCAUCAUGCUAUACGUGGAAAUCUGGCUGAUGUAGCUGCCAAAGAUAGCUCUCAAGAAACGUGUGUCAAUUUAGUUGCUUCUUUUAUUGGACUAUAUAUGCUAACGUUAAUAAAAAGUCAACCGGUGUUGUACGGCGUCUUUGCUGUUGUUAUCCUCAUACAUUUAUAUGCAAAUCUAAAAGCUGUCAAAGCAGUUUGCUUGCGUACUUUUAACGAAUCUCGAUAUCUGAUAGCAUUGGAAGAGUUCUUCAGAUCAGGACGCAUGCUUUCGCCUGCACAGGUAAACAAAUUGGAACGUGUUACCAUAGGACAAACUGUAUCAGUGUCAUUGAACUUGAACUUGGGUUUAUCGAUUAAAAACUUGAUUGAUGAGUAUCAAAGUAGUCAUGUGAUAGAAAACAUUGUUUCUUCAUUUGAUCCACGUGAACACUUUAUCAUAGCUGAAAACAAAAAGUUUUUAGGAGUUUAUUUGCAUUUUGAUGCGAGACCACAAGACGUGCUUAAAGCAUAUUUUUUUGCUGUAUCAUAUUUGCAAGAUCGUAACCAGAUCAAAGAAAAAUAUUGGGAAGUGCAAGCUAAAUGGCAGGAAUUCCAAAAUUUGGCUCAACAAGAGGGUUGGCUGGUAAAUCAUCAUUUACUUAUGGUAGAUGAGUAUCGCUUAGAUUGGAAGAUUUAAAAUAUGCAGUAAACAAAUUAAGUAAUUUUGUUUUUAGAAACAUAAACGUUUGGACCAAAAUGAAAAUGCAUUAACUUAAUAGGCUCCUAAUUGUUUGGCAGGGAAUCUCUACGUAACAGUAAAAUCCGAUAAGUACUAAAUACAACUAAUAACUAUAUAGAUAUUAUUUAUAUACUCCUUCAUGUUAACCUUACCUUGUGUUUGAUUUAGCCGUUAGCCAAUUUUUGCGUUUUUUAGUCGAAUUUUAGAAUCUCAAAUUUUUUAAUCUUAAAUUCAACCAAAUUUCCUUAACGGGUUGUAAAUCAUGAAUUUAUUCUAAAAAUCUCGAAAUUUAUUUUAUGUUAUAUAACUUGAUACUGAUCAGUUAUUGUGUUGAGUAGUUCUAAGGUAUAUUUAUCUGUUUUUUAUUUUUUUAUGUGAAAAUAAUUGAUAUUAAAUACAUUUUUUUAUAUAUAUUUGUUGCCAUGUCGUUCCGCCGUCUUCGCGAACGCUAAAACUCCUUUAUAUAUAUUUAUUAUUGUCUUACCUUAUCCAUUGUUUCAUUUUUUAUUUAGUUAUUGUGAGAGUAACGCCUAAUAGUCUAAUGAAACACUGAAAGAUUUUGUUGGUAUAGACUUAUUAAUAACGUUUUCUUGAGACUUGUAGCGCUGGUUCUUGUCAACUCUGAACAUCCGCACAAUAGGUGUGAGAUUCACAGUUCCUUUUUUCUUCUUAGCAAAGUUUCUUUAAUUCUUUUUAUGCAAACUUACAUAGUUGAUAAUUUUAU